UGCACUAGCACAAGCAGACAGAUUUGAGGUUAUACUAAUGUCGAAAACAGCUGUGCAGUGGAAAUAGUGUGAUAAAAUAAUUGUGUUUAUUUACACACCAACAAAUAUGUCGUCACAAGUGCUGGUAAACACCGAACAGGGUCAAAUAACAGGGAAGGUGUUAAAGAACUUCGAUGAUUUUGAGUACUGUAGCUUCAAAGGCAUUCCGUAUGCAAAACCACCUAUUGGCGAAUUGAGAUUUUCUGCACCCCAGCCACCGGAUCCAUGGGUAGGAAUCAGAGAUGGCACCAAAGACUGCAACAUAUGUGCACAGUUCGAUAAAGAAGAAAAAGCAGUAAAAGGAGAUGAGGACUGCUUGUAUUUAAAUGUUUAUACACCGAUUUCCUUCAUGAAGGGGGAUAAAUUAUACCCCGUCAUGGUGUUUCUUCACGGAGGCGGGUUCCUCUUUGGCAAUGGUACGGACGACUCGGCGCACGGACCUGAUUACCUGAUUCACAAAAAAGUAGUAAUCGUCAGUAUCAACUAUAGACUCGGAAUACUUGGUUUUCUAUCUUUAAACCAUAAGGAGGCGCCAGGAAAUAUGGGCUUGAGAGACCAAGUUCAAGCAUUGAAAUGGGUACAGAAAAAUAUUUCGCGUUUCGGUGGUGAUCCAAAAAAUGUGACCAUUUUUGGAAUCAGCGCUGGUGCUGCGAGCGUCGAGUAUCUGCUUCUGUCACCUAUGGCUAAAGGUCUCUUCCACAAAGCUAUUGCCCAGUCUGGGUCAUCCCUAUUGCAUUGGGCUCACAACACCAACGUCCAACAGUUGGCCUAUAAAAUACCGAUUCUCCACGGUAAAGUAAUUACAGAUGAUGAUCAGCUUUUAAAAUACUUAAAAAGUUUGUCUACACAUGAUUUAAUUACUGCGUCUAUGAUGGUUGUGUCGGCUGAAAAAGCGAAAGGAGGUCUUUACUUUGGUUUUGUGCCGACUAUCGAACAACCUGGUAAUUGGGAACCUUUCUUGAGCAAAUCUCCAUACGACUUGUUAGCUAAAGGAGAAUUUCAUAAAGUACCGUACAUGACAGGAUUCUGCUCACGAGAGGGACUCCUCAUGAUAUCACACAAUAAACCAACAUUAGAGAAGUUUAUAAACGAUAAAGUUUUCGUGGAUUAUUUCCCAUUUGACCUGGAUGUGCCGGAGAAAAUAGAUACAGAAUUGAGACUGAAGGGAAAUUAUAUGGAAGCUGAGAAAUUAUACCCUGAUGAAGAUGCAUAUGCGAUUGAUUUCUUUUCUGAUGUCGACUUCAUAGGUGGCAUUUAUGUGGCUGCAACUUUAAUAGCUAAACACAACUCUCCUGUGUUUAUGUAUGAGUUUGCUUAUGAUGGAGGUUUGAAUUAUAUCAAGAAAUGUUACAACAUUGACCGUAAGGGAGCGUGUCAUGGAGAUGAUGGGGGCUAUAUAGUCAAGAGUGCUAAAUUAACCGGGCCCGUCACAGACCGAGACACAUUCGUGAGGAAUACUAUGAACCAAAUGUGGGUGAACUUCGCUCGUUGCGGAGACCCAUCACCAAGACUAGACUUUCUGAUAACAACGAAAUGGGAGCCCAUAGCUGACACUGGGAUUGCUUGUCUAGUGAUUGAUAAAACCAUGACAAUGAAGUAUGAAGUCUACCCAGAGAGGAUGAAGGUCUUUGAAGAGAUCUAUGAAAAGAAAUGUAAAACCAGCAGUUAAAAAGACAAAUGUCUCACUGUAAUAUUUUUUUUAUACGUACUAUGCAUUAAGUGUCACUAAAAUAUAAACGUGCAUACAAAACUGAAUCUAUGUAAUUUUUAUACUCGAAAUAUAUGUAUAAAAUGUA